AUGAACGCACCUCUUACACCCCCAACUCAUACUACCUCCUCAUCAACUUACUUCCAACCCUUUCCCACCUCCUCGAAAUCCUCAACAUCAUCUUCGACCUCCUCCUCCUCAUCCUCCAGCGGACCGACCUCUGCUUCUCAACCCACCGCACAACAAGUACCAAAAAGAUCAUCAAGUCAAGAUGAAACAAAUCCAUUUUUAAAAGAUUUUAAUUUGGUAGCUGAGGCAGCCAAAAGAGCACAGAUGGCUUGUUUGAUGAGAGAUAUGGAAGGAUGUGGGUUGUAG